AUGGAAUACCCGCCAGGGGAUCCGAGAAACGGCACACCUGCUAAAUCCAUAGAAGCGAACGAAGAUAACCCGGCCAAAGACGCAAGUGAAGCUCCGGCAUACCCAAGCCCGAUUUUGAGUGCGAUUCCUUCGCUCCAUUCACCUCCAGCCUCUCCACGAACGACUACGCAGCCAGACGACUGGAAGAUCACGGGCGAAGGCAUCAAGAACGCCAAGAAGUACUGGAAGCUGGUGUAUGCCAACCAGAGGCAGCGCAGGUCUAGAGCAAAGAAGCGUAAGGACUAUGGCGGUGCCAACGACCAGGGCCGAACCAAAAGACGGCAGGGCGCGGGUUCCAGUGCACCUCUACAAUUCCAAUCCCAAAGCUCAGAUCCGCCCGCGACUGCUGACCCCGACGAUGAAUAUGAGCCAGCUACGGCGGGCGUUGAACACGAUGUUCUAGCGCCGGUGACCAUCCUUGCCCGUUUGGACAAGGCUGAGCAAAUGCAGCCUGUGAAGGCGAACGUCGACCUCAACGACCCACUGGUUCUGAGAGAUCUCCAGGAACUUCACGAGGCAGUUGUGUCUUUCGGUCACGGUAAUUGCAGAUUUGUCGACGGCAAGUGGGAGCUGCAUGGUUUCGGUACCUCGCUCUACCAUCACCAGGUAAUCGGGGUUAGCUGGAUGCUGAGCCGGGAGCUACAUCCGGCUGCUCCCAACGGCGGCAUUCUCGCCGAUGAGAUGGGGCUUGGGAAAACUGUUCAGAUUCUCGCAUGCAUGUCCCAGAACAUACCGGGAAAGAAUGCCAAAGCUUCGAAGACACUCAUCAUCGUCCCCAAAAGACUCAUCGCGCAGUGGUUCGACGGGAUAGUAAAACACUGCUCGAACGAUAGGAUGAAACGUGUGCUGAUACACGGCGCUGGUCAGAGAAUUCUCGGCUCACAAUGGGAGGGUGCAACCAUCAUAUUAACCAACUACAGCCAGCUUCAUCGUCAGCUACCCCCAGAACGAACGCUACUGCAAAUUGAAGAGAUGAGGCAAAAGGGUGACCCUGGGUGGAAGACGCUACUGCGCGAGGAGGGCGGUAGGUUGUUCCAGACUGACUGGCACCGUGUCGUCCUCGACGAGGGUCAUGCAAUAAACAACAGGAGUAGCGAGACAUCCAGAGCAUGUAGGCUGCUUUCCAAGAAGCACGGCUGGGUCCUCACUGGAACUCCCAUAACCAACAAGCCAGAGGAGUUCUUCACAUACCUUGACUUCAUCACGUCCAAGUUCAGCAAGUUUGGCGAUUACCAGGAUUUGAUGGGGGAUGGUGUCGACAUUCCCAAAAGCCGCCCAACCGAGCUCAUAACGGUCGAAUUCUCCCCGCUCGAGGCCAGCAUGCAUCAACCGACCAAGGACAGACUACAGCAGCUCCGAGAGCAUUCCGAGACCCGGAAAGGUGCAGAUAGGUCAUUGGCUGUCCCCUCGGGCGAGCUCCGAAGACUGUUCAACUACCUGAGAUACUUUCCAUCACAUCCGGCAUUGGUCGAGCCGACCUAUCUGUCUCGGCAGCCACUCCAAUACUUCUGCAGAGCAUGCCGUAAUGCGCUGGUCUCACCACUGAUUGCAGAGUGCGGGCAUGCCUUCUGCCGAGAGUGCCUCAGAAAGGUGUCGAAGGAGAAGGGGUUCGCUCCUCGUUGUCCCGGCUGUGGUGAGAAUCUGGGUUCUGCCAGGGAAGCCGGGGCUGAGUGCUAUCGUCAUAAUCCCGACCAGUUCAGGGAGCUGACUAAGAGAUACGCAAGCACCGCCAUGCCCCAGGAUGACAAGCGUAUGAAACGAGUUCGCAAGCCCGGCGACGAUGAGUUCGGGUUGCAGCCACGGCUGGUUCGGGGGAAGAAGACGAACAAAGGCGGUAAGCGGAGGAACAAGUCAAAGAGCGGCACAAAGAGAAGCUCCCAGCGGGCUAAGAGCAAGAGGAAUAACGAGAUCGAGCAAAUACGGACCAAUGCCGGCGCUUUUCUAAAGGAAUGCGACACGAGGCCCUGGGACCCCAUCCCUCAUAGCGCAAAGACACGCGCGACGAUGGAUUUGAUUGCUAAGUGGCAAGAAGAGGCCCCGGACGACAAGAUCAUAGUGUUUGUCCAGUGGAUUCCGAUGCUCUCGUUCCUUGGCAGAAUGCUCUUCCAGAACGGGUUCAGGUUUGUUUACCUUUGGGGAGAAAUGGAGCCGGACGACCAGGAGAGGUGCAUCAGGGCCUUUGAGCAGAUUGCCGAUAUCAAGGUCAUGCUGAUAUCCGUCAGCUGCGGUGCCCACGGCCUGAACCUGACCGUCGCCAACAGGGCGAUUGUAUUCGAUCACUGGUGGCACGAGGGCUGGGAGCGCCAGGCCUUUGCACGCAUUCAUCGCAUUGGUCAGACCAAGGAGGUGCACACGGCAAAGCUCGUUGUCAAGGGGUCGAUGGACGAGACCGUCAUGACGAUCCAGGCUUCGAAGAGGGAAGCCAUCAGAACAGCCGUAGGAGAGAGAACCAACCACGCUGGAGACCAAGAUACUUACGACGACCUCUUCGGAGACGGGUCCUAUGACGAAGGCGUGCUCAACCUGGACCGUAUGGAAAGCAUUUCUGAUGAAAAGGGCAGCAAAUCGGACGGCGAGACCGAAACCGAGACUGAGGUCGAGAGCUGCUCGGAUGACGGUGACAGCGACGAUGAAGAGGACGAGAGAGAAUUCGAUACGGAUAAUACUACAUCCAGCGGGUCGGAUGAGGAGUACGUAGCUUCGUCUACAGGAACGCACCGGGGCGAAGACGAGGACGACCUGAACACGGAUGGUGACGGUGCAGCUUCCAAAGAGCUUUGA